UUAUGAGAUGUACCCUUUUAUUUUUGUUUUCCCCUGGUGGCUUGGACUCUCCAUGCCCUUCCCGAAGCUAAACCUCCUCCGUGUUGGCUUCCUUAGCAUCUCUCUGCGUGGCUUUAGAUCCGUCUCUUCUCUGCGAAAAAAAAGGUUUUCGUUGUGAAUCAUGUUUUAACUUGUAACGAAGCCUACUUAUCAAAAGUUGUAACGAAGUCUUGAAUCAUCGUUAGUUUGCUAAUUAAUGACCGAAAAAAGGUUUCCAGUUGCUAGAAGGCUUCAAUAAUUGUUAAUAUGCCAAAAAUGAAUAAUGGACGUGACUUCAUACAAUGGCUUGAACCUGACAUGUCGAUAAAGAUUCUCACCCAUUUGGAUGACCCAUCUGACAUUGUCCGUGCUAGUUCUGUUUCGAGUGCUUGGCACCGAUUUGUGAUUGAACAUGGCCUUUGUAAGCAGCUCUGCUUGAAAUGGUUUCCUGAAAUAUCUAGUGCUACACACAUUAUUGAAGUCAAGACCAUGAUAGAACCUGUGAAACUCAGCAUUGAUGAUUCUACAGAAUGGGAACGCCUUAAGAGGGAUCAUAGAGUAUAUGCCUUCUUAGCCCGAGGUCUGACCCCUUACAUAAGAAAUGAUUGCAUAUCAGACCCCAUUAGUGCAUCAAGCACUGAUAAUUACCCUGACGAAAGCAUACAGAAUACCUUGGAUGCAAGGGAUAGAGUGGGGCACAGAGCUUUAUAUUGGUCUAGUAAAGGGGAAAGUGAUCCCAGUGUUCCUGAGGCAUUAAUCUAUAAGUUGGUUGCCAAAUUCUGUGUUGUUACCGAAAUCCAUGUUCAACCAUUCCAAGCAUAUUUUCAGUAUGGCCUCCCUAUAUAUUCACCUGAGGCUGUUCGAUUUAGAAUGGGCUAUCCCAGAAGUCCAUUGAACUUGCAUGCUGACAUCAGACAUGCUUUGUUAGCUGCUCACAGUUGGAUGGAUGAUGAGUUUGUUUGGACAUAUACUUCACCAGAAUUUCCAAUGGCUCAGGAGAAUUUCUUGCAUAAGUUCAAGUUACCAGAACCUGUUAUUUGCAUUGGAGGGAUUCUGCAGGUCGAGCUACUGGGUCGAGUUCAGAGACAAGAAAUGGAUGGAUUAUAUUAUAUAUGUGUCUCCCAUGUUCAAGUUGUGGGACAACCACUCCUACCGCCAUUUGAUAUUGAAGUACUUGGUACCUCGGGAAUAUGUUCCUUAAAAUACAACCCCGAGACGCAGAGUUGCAUGUCUUCAACCCAAUCAACUGAGGGAGAGGCAAGUACUCCUUCCCGCUUGCGUACAUUCACUGAAAGACUGUUGCAGCUGCUAGGGAACGGGGCAGCUGACGAUGAGUCGGACGGGGAGGAGCCAUCAGCCUAAGUUGUAAUAACGACUUAAUUCUCCAUUUGUUUUCUAUUGUUUAUAUAAAUCCAGCUGUGUCUGGACUCUGGACAGUACUAUCAUAUACUUGGAUGGUGUUGAUCAGUGGAAACGAUUGUAUUGAUGCAAAUUAGUGUCUUUAGAAUUGGAGUCAUUCAUCAAGGUGUGUAUAGGGCGGUCUUUGACCCAUUCGCCCAAUGGUUGAAAUAAGGUCAUGAGAAAUGGUAUGCCUUGUACAAUUUUGAUU